AUGCCUACAUCAUCGUCGGGUAUACGGAUUCCCUGCGUAUUUCCCGGAACCCCACCACUCAUCUUACUGUUCCUGUUCUGUCUAGCUCAGUUCUUAGAUUCAUUCAAUAAUUCAGCUCUCUUCUCCGCGAUCCCUGCACUCGAGGUAUCCAUGGGUAUGACUGAAAGUCAGUCCACUUGGAUCAUCAGUGGAUUCCAAUUGACUUUUGCAUCUUUUCUGCUCAUCAGCGGCCGGAUUAGCGACGUAUACAACCCAAAAACUGCGUUCGUCGGGGGUGUAUCUGGUCUCGCUGUCAUCUCGCUGUGCGCUGGAUUUGUUAAUAAUACCAUUCCGCUCAUUGUUCUCAGAGCGUUGAUUGGAAUAGCUUCUGCGAUGACAAUCCCCUCUGCCCUAACACUCCUGGUCAAUGUAUUUCCUGAUCCGCUUGAACAAGCUCGUGCAAUAGGCUUAUUUGGAGGCUGCGGCUGCGCCGCUAGCGUCCUUGGUCUCAUGAUUGGUGCAAUGUUCGUCGAGUGGACAUCUUACCAUUUCGUGUUUUGGUUUGUAACCAUCGUGGCUACGCCAGCCGCUCUGGCGUGUGUCUUCAUCAUACCGCCAGAAAUUUCAAACACAAAAGCCAAUCUUGAGCCUGCAGCAGCGAAAUGGAAAACACGCUCGGCUUCGCAUCACUCACGAGCUCCGAUAGUUGCCUUAAUUUUGUUUAUCUUCGCUGCGACAUCCGGAUCCACUGACGGCUGGGCAUCCGUAAUGGUACUGGUCCCGUUAAUCGUGUCGAUCUUGAUGGUGAUCGGGUUUUUCUACUUGGAAACAAUCAUACCUGUGGACAAAGCUGCAAUACCACCUCGGACAUGGUUUUACCACAAUUUCUCCGUUCUUUUUGGCGUCGCGCUCUUCCCAUUCCUGUGGUGGAGCACAGUGUUCAGUAUUUUUACCACCCUGUGGCAAAACGUAUUUGAGUGGCCGGCGAUAUCAUCGGCUGCACAUAUUCCGAAAUGGAUUAUUCUUACUGGUUUGUCCCUUUGCAUGGUCGCGACCGCAUUACUGGCGCUUGGCGGGGGAAAGCCUGAAGAAUAUUGGCCAUACAUCUUCCCAGCAUUUUUUGUAGGAAGCGCAGGGGCCAUGCUGACGUAUACGCACACAAACAUUGCUAUCUUCCAAGCCGCGCCUUCGUCCAUGGCAGGCACAGUUGGUGCUAUCUUUAACGGGGCUCUGCAAUCUGGAUCAGCAAUUGGCCUCGCUGGAGUCAGCUCGAUAGAGACAUCCGUGGAGGCCAGGCAUGGGGGCUCGCAUGAGUAUAGCGGACGAGCCGCUGCAUUUUGGUUCCUCUUUGCAAUCAUCUCCAUCGAAAUCAUUUCAGUAUCAAUAUUUUAUGACCGCAGCACGGACCACAAACCCCAACCAACACACGGCGACCCCGGAACUCCUGCUCGACGGAGCACGGACUCUGACGAAAAGCUUAACGACGUGAACGUGACCAUAAUCGAAAAAGCUGACCUAGCGGAUCUGCCGGUGUAGGGUCUUUCUUUCAACGACUGUUUCUUUAGACGACUGUUUUCGUUGAUGACACCUUUCUUUAGUUGACGACCUAUAUACUGUGACGACCUGCAGGUUAGACGUAUUUUUUAUUUCAUCAUUAGAGGUAGGUAGACUUCAUGCUGUAUUUUUUGCUAUACCCGCUAUCCAUCUGGCCAUAGGUAUAUCAGUAGACUGUAUUACAUAUAUGCGAGAGACAUA